CAUUUUUACAAAUUGCAAAUGAAGCAAUCCACAAUUAUCCAAAGUGUUGCAGUGCGUGUAUUUUUAACCUGAAUCAAUCCAAUUCCAUUUCACGGAUGGUUCGUUAUGAUUCCUAAAAUGGCCACCUUUCUCUGUUACCUCCUCUUCCUCUUCACACCCUUGUCCCACUCUCAACCAGAUCGAGUCAUGAGAACCCUCCACAAUGGGCACCACAAUGAGUACUUCGAAGUGAGUUACCCUCCACCGUCACACGAACCCACACCCACGUGUUCCCACCAAAUCAUUCACCACUCCUUCGCCCACACCAUAGAUACACCUCCUUACACCACCCCCUAUGCGCCUCCCCUUGGCUGCCCCGCACCCUGGUCGCGUGUGGUGCUUCACUUCCACGCGAGGUGCAAAGGCGAACAGUACGACCGCAUCGCCGCCAUAUGGCUCGGCGGCGCCGAACUCUUCCGCACCAGCACCGCCCAGCCCACCGCUUCUGGAAUUGCCUGGAACGUCCGAAAAGACAUCACUAAAUACUCCUCUCUCCUCGCCAGGUCCGACCUAGACCUCACUAUGAUGCUUGAAAACGUCAUCAACCGCGAAUUCACCGGCGUUUAUCAAGUCAGUGUUACUCUCUGGUACUACAACAAGUUCGCCGUUAGAGUUCCGUUUGUCCCUUGCCCCGAGAGUAACAUUUUGAAUCCACAGUCUCGAUCGAGGUCUCUUAUUCAGGAAUCACAGGUAACGGGUUUAUGGGAUAAUGAAUCACCGGCUGAUUUGAUUAUUCCGAUUUCCGACGACGGAAAACGAGGGUUUUGGUUCAAGGUGGAGGAAGAGAAGGUUUUGAGGUCCCGGAAAAUUCAAAUUCCGCGGAAUACUCACCGAGCUGUUCUUGAAUUGUACUUGUCUUUCCAUGGAAACGAUGAGUUUUGGUACUCUAACCCGCCAACUUCGUACAUCACGGCGAACGGUUUAACGACGGGGCGUGGUAACGGAGCUUACAGGGAGGUGUAUGUCACGAUCGACGGUCAGGUUGUGGGGUGGGAGGUUCCGUUUCCGGUGGUUUUCACCGGUGGAAUUCACCCUUUGUUCUGGGAACCCAUGGUGGCGAUUGGGGCUUUUAAUCUUCCUUCAUACGACAUGGAUUUGACGCCGUUUUUGGGGAAGCUUUUAGAUGGGAAAAAGCAUGUUUUUGGAAUAGGGGUAGCAAAGGGCAUCUCGUUCUGGCUCAUCAAUGCAAAUUUGCACCUUUGGAUUGAUCAUGAAUCCUCGGUGGUUCAUGCCAACCCAGUGGUUCACCACAGUCCUGAAACAAACAUUGAACACCAAGAAGAGUUUAGUGGGCUUGAUGGGGCGUUUGAGGUAGAAGCAGAGAAGGAAACACAGGUUACAGGGUGGGUUAUAUCCAGUGCUGGCAACAUCACCACCACCAUAUCGCAGGGAUUCUCCUUUAGGAACUUCAUCAAGUUCCAACAUAAUGGAACUACCAAGAUGGUUAAGCAGAAGUUCAAAGCCAAGAAGAAAGUGAAGGUGAUCAAUGGUAGAGGUGAAUCAAUUACUACCUUGAAGGUUAAGCGCAGAUAUCCUCUGCGAGUGAUUACUUCCACACAACAAUUUCAGGAUGGAAUGUAUCGGCUUGUGGCCAAUUUUUCUCAUGCUCUCGUCGAGAAGUAUAUUAGUGGGUGCUUCAUAAAUUCUAUUGAUAACGUCCAAAAUUCGAAGGGCUGGAUGGAGGUAAAGGGUCACUCUGUCGUGUCAGGUCAAGCAAGCACCACACAAAGUUAUAGUUACAUUGAUAGGUUCAAUUGCUACAAUCGGAAUGUUGCAGCAUCUAACGGCAGGAUUGUUGCGGAUAAUUCAACUUUUGUGUGUGAAAAUUCUUUGUAAUUCCUUUUGCUGGUAGUACCUAUUUGUAGUUUUCUGUAUAGUGUGUUCUUUUGGGAGGAGGAAUGUGCAGUACCUUUUAAUGCUCCAUCCUUGCAUUAAUCUACAAAAUUACUUUUAACUAUUGAGUGCUUGCAGA